AUGGGACCCAUGGGCACCGUGCGCAGCGUGCGGGCGCCACCGUCUCGGCUGCUGCUGCUGCUACUGUUUCUGCAGGUGGCAGUGCCGGCGGGAGCGCUGGCUGAGACCCUGUUGGACGCACCCGGGGCCAGGGGUGCCAGCUCCAACCCGCCAAGCCCAGCCAACGUGGUGGCCCCGGGAACGACACCGUUCGAGGAAAGUCGGUUGCCUGUGUUCACCCUGGAUUACCCCCACGUGCAAAUCCCUUUUGAGAUCACUCUGUGGAUCCUACUGGCUUCCUUGGCCAAGAUUGGUUUCCAUCUGUACCACAAAUUGCCCACGAUCGUGCCAGAGAGCUGCCUUCUCAUAAUGGUCGGACUUCUACUCGGUGGGAUCAUCUUUGGUGUUGACGAAAAGUCUCCCCCAGCCAUGAAGACGGAUGUGUUUUUCCUGUAUCUCCUGCCACCCAUCGUUCUGGAUGCUGGCUACUUUAUGCCCACGCGCCCCUUCUUUGAGAACUUCGGCACCAUUUUCUGGUAUGCCGUGGUAGGCACGCUGUGGAAUUCCAUCGGCAUCGGGGUGUCUUUGUUUGGCAUCUGCCAGAUUGAGGCGUUCGGCCUCAGCGACAUCACGCUGCUCCAGAACCUGCUGUUUGGCAGCUUGAUCUCAGCUGUGGAUCCCGUGGCCGUGCUUGCUGUCUUUGAGAACAUUCACGUCAAUGAGCAGCUCUACAUCCUGGUCUUUGGCGAGUCUCUGCUCAACGAUGCUGUCACAGUGGUCCUAUACAACCUGUUCAAGUCAUUCUGCCAAAUGAAAACCAUCCACCCCAUCGACGUGUUUGCGGGCAUCGCGAACUUCUUCGUCGUGGGAAUUGGUGGGGUGCUCAUCGGCAUCCUCCUGGGAUUUAUAGCUGCCUUCACCACCCGUUUCACACACAACAUCCGGGUCAUUGAGCCACUGUUUGUCUUCCUGUACAGCUACUUGUCCUACAUCACCGCUGAAAUGUUCCACCUCUCAGGCAUCAUGGCAAUCACGGCGUGUGCCAUGACAAUGAAUAAGUAUGUGGAGGAGAACGUGUCUCAGAAGUCCUACACGACCAUCAAGUACUUCAUGAAGAUGCUGAGCAGUGUGAGCGAGACCUUGAUCUUCAUCUUCAUGGGCGUGUCCACCGUCGGGAAGAACCAUGAGUGGAACUGGGCUUUCGUCUGCUUCACACUGGUCUUCUGUCUGAUCUGGCGGGCACUGGGUGUCUUUGUGCUGACUCAAGUGAUUAACUGGUUCCGGACCAUUCCUCUGACCUUCAAGGACCAGUUCAUCAUUGCCUACGGAGGGCUGCGCGGUGCCAUCUGCUUCGCGCUGGUGUUCCUCCUCCCUGCCACCGUGUUUCCCCGGAAGAAGCUCUUCAUCACGGCCGCCAUUGUUGUUAUAUUCUUCACGGUCUUCAUCCUGGGGAUAACUAUCAGACCCCUGGUGGAGUUUCUUGAUGUUAAGAGAGCCAAUAAGAAGCAGCAAGCUGUCAGCGAAGAGAUCCACUGCCGGUUUUUUGAUCAUGUGAAGACUGGAAUUGAAGAUGUUUGUGGACACUGGGGUCACAACUUCUGGAGAGACAAGUUUAAGAAAUUUGAUGACAAAUACCUUCGGAAGCUCCUGAUUCGGGAAAACCAACCCAAGUCUAGCAUCGUGUCUUUAUAUAAAAAGCUUGAGAUAAAACAUGCCAUCGAGAUGGCAGAGACAGGCAUGAUAAGCACUGUCCCCUCGUUUGCAUCUCUUAACGAUUGCCGUGAGGAGAAAAUAAGGAAGCUCACACCAGGCGAGAUGGACGAAAUCAGGGAGAUUCUAUCAAGGAACCUCUAUCAAAUCCGCCAACGGACCUUAUCGUACAACAGACACAACCUGACAGCAGAUACCAGCGAGAGGCAGGCCAAGGAGAUCCUGAUCCGCAGACGGCACAGCCUCCGGGAGAGCCUCAGGAAGGACAACAGCUUAAACCACGAGCGCAGGGCUUCCGCUUCAACCUCCCGGUAUUUAUCCUUACCUAAAAAUACAAAGCUUCCAGAGACACUCCAGAAGAAGAAGAAGAAGAUCCCAAAUGAAGACGGCAACAGCAGCGACUCUGACACAGAUCCCGGGACCACCGUGCUCAAUUUACAACCUCGCUCCAGGCGCUUUUUGCCAGAUCAGUUCUCAAAGAAAGCCUCCCAGGCCUACAAAAUGGAGUGGAAGAACGAGGUGGACAUGGGCUCUGCACGAGUGCAGGUCAGCACCCCUCCAGCACCCCGCAGUAAAGAGGGCGGCACCCAGACACCGGGGGUACUGAGAGAGCCACUGCUCUCCAAAGACCAACAGUACGGCCGGGGCAGGGAAGACAGUCUGACUGAAGAUGUUCCACCCAAGCCCCCACCGAGGCUGGUGCGACGGGCUUCAGAACCCGGGAACAGGAAAGGCCGCUUCGGCAGUGAGAAGCCAUGAUGGGAAAAGCCAAAGCAGACUUGGGAUGAAUUGAGCUAGCAGGGCUGUGGCUUAUUACUCAAAUCUGAUCGACUGUGGAAUCCACGUAAAGCCCUCUCUCUAGAAACAUCCUUUGGGUGGCAGAGUCAAGCCACUGAAGAGCACUUAUCUAUCCCAAGAAGAGGAAAGUCAAAGGAAGGAAGUCCCACUAAAUGACUUUGUGACUUAUGACUAGGAAAUGUAUUCUUUGCAGACCUGAAGGGAAAAAAAAAAUAUGUGUGCCUUUAUUGAACUUGAAUGACAGAACUUGAAGAUUUUAACACACCUUUGCGGGUGAAAAUUUUAAUAUAUUACAAAUAUGCCUCAGUUUUUAUUUAUGAAAAAAAUGUGUUUAUCUGUAGUGAGCGUUUUUUUAAGGGGAUGGCGCUAAAAGUGGUGAGACCAU